AGUUGGUACACAUCCAAAGGUCCCAACAAAACUAACUCCGAUCUGCAAAUCUCUCACCCCUUCAAAUCCUACCCAAACUCACACACAAGAGUCCCACCCCAAGGCAAAAAUGCCCCCAACCAGCUCUGAUCUUCCUCCAAAAUCCCUCCAAAUCAAGCAAGAUGACAAGUUCUAUGGUAGGCUCUUGUCCAAGGAGAGUUCCAUUGCCAACCCUUCAUUUAGAGUCUACUAUGGUGUGGCUAGUGGUGCAAUCCCAUUCAUGUGGGAGUCCCAACCAGGCACACCCAAGUGUAGUAUUCCUACUACAACACUACCUCCUCUCACCCCACCACCUUCUUACCAUUUCAAACCCAAGAAAAAGACUACAAAGAAGGGCAAUGGAUCCAAUCUCUUGGGAACCAUACUUCCUAGGCUCACUCUAAGGAAGGCCCAUGUGUCCCCAUCUUCAUCGUCGUCGUCAUCAUCGUCGUCUUUUUCAUCGUCAUCAUCGCCUUGGUCGCCAUCGCUAUCUUCGAACUCCCGUGGGAGGAGCCCUAGGUCAUCAUUUUCACUCAUGGAGGACGACGAAGAUCAGGAAGUGGGAUCGCCCAACUCGCCCUUUUGUUUCAGCAUCGGCCGGGAAGGCGGUGGACCACGGGGAUGCUACUCAAUGGUUAUCAUGAAGAACGCCUUGUUGUCGAUUGUAGGGCAUGGAUCUAGCCAAGGUACUACUGCCUAGUGAUUUUUGGUACUUGAUUUUUAUUUGAAACUUUGUGGAGUUUGGUGUUCAUGUUUGGGGGGUCAAAAUGUAUGGUAGUCACUCAAACUACCAAAACCCAAAAAAAAAAAAAGAAAAAAAAAGUGUUUUUAUCUUAUAAUAAUAAGAUGCUUUGAAUGUCAGCCGUCCAUCAUCAUGAUCAUGAUCAUGAUCAUAAUCUCUACAGUCUAGGGGUGGAAGUUUCCUGGAAUCCAAGUAGAAAUGUAGUUUAAUUGGGUAAGAGACAAACCAACAAAUUGCAAGUGUUUGUUUGUAGCAUAUAUGGGAAUUGAGCUGUAUGAAACCAAUGGAAUAUUACCCAUUUGCUAGUUUUGGAA